GGUUUACCGCUUUCCUGCUCUCCCGUGAAUGCGAUGCAUUCAACGCAACGCACCUGAACGUUUGUCAAGACAUGUCGCAGCCCAUAACACACUACUACUUGGCUUCUUCACAUAAAACUUUUCUGCUUGAAGACCAACUGACUGGACCUUGCAGUAUUGAGGGAUAUCGGCGUGCACUGCUCUCUGGAUGCCGAUACAUUGAGAUGGAAAUCUACGACGGUCACGAUGGAUAUCCAGUGGUACGAAGAGCCAACUCAAGGCCUCCUGGCAUUCCUAUUCAAGUUGUGCUGGAAACUAUCAGUGGUCUAGCCUUUCAUCGCUCUGACUACCCGCUCAUCAUCUCGGUUGAGCACUUUUUGUCCCACACCCAACAAGUCACCCUGGCUACCAUGCUACGCUGCUGCUUUGGACCACGACUGCUUCUACCCUCCACAGAAUUCCUGUUCACCUUGGGAGAUGCUCAGCUGGAAGCUGAAGAACACGCAGAAAGGGAUUUUGAAGGGUAUAGAAAAAACAGCGUAACCACAGUUAAUCUAAGCAAUGAGACCACCGUUUACUCCGGGGACGGAAUGCAUGUGCGAUGGCCUUCACCUCGAGAUCUGAUUGGGCGAAUUUUGUUGAAAGGUAAACGCCUACCUAAAGGAACAACAGGGAACGUCAGCACAGAGAACAUGAAUGGGCGCGGGUUUGGAACAAGACGAUUCGCCAAUUACCUUCCCGCUCAUCAGUCUUCGGUGAUCGCCAAAGAGCUGUCUGACCUCUUCUUUUUCGACUGCACAAAUAGCUCUGCACUGCCUUCGUCGGACACUGGAAAUGGCUCACUUUCCACAAAGCCAAAGCCACUGGACGCACGUCUAUAUCAGUACACCCGAAGCACAACGGCUAACAUGCAAUCCACAAAGUUUGGUUCGUCCCUAGUUGUUGUGGGCACCCACGGUGAGGCUGGACUUCCGGGACGUCAUUCUUCAAAAGGUGUAAGAUCUAACACGGACAAACUGCGCGUGCAUCCGUACCACGUGGUACAAAUUAGUGAAUCAGAAGCUUCAAAGGCUUUGGGUCGUGCCUCGGGAGAUCUGGUGCAAGUGACAAGAAACACCAUGCUCGAGGUCAUCCCAAGUCCUUCAAGAGCAGACAGCAGCAACAUCAAUCCGGUUGAUAUAUGGGCCUGGGGUGGACAAGUGGUCCCCUUGAAUUACCAGACAGCUGGACUUGUUAUGGAUUUAGCAACAGGGUUUUUCGCAAGAAAUGGAGCAUGUGGUUAUGUCUUGAAGCCAUCCCUUUAUCGGACGGUGUCGUCUUUCUUCAAUCCAACCGCCGAACCCUCAGUUGGUUUACACCACAAUCCCCCAGAUACAACACCGCAGAUUUUUCGACUGAGGAUACUCAGUGCGCAACAACUCCCCAAACCAAGAGGUUCAAUCUCUAAGGGAGAUACAAUCGAACCAUACGUCGUUGUAGAAAUCCAUGGCAUUCCCGUUGACUGCGCAGAGCAACGGACCUGCACUGCGCCGGCUGGAAACGCGUCUGGUUACAAUGCUACAUUUGAUAGCACUUUUGAAUUUUGCGUACAGUUGGGUAGUCUCGCUCUGGUGCGUUUCGUCGUGUUAGAUGACCAGGCGAUCGGCGAUGACUUUAUUGGUCAGAACACAAUUCCAUUUGAUUGUCUACUGACAGGGUACCGACAUGUCCGUCUACGCAGUGACACCGGUGAACCGAUCCCCCAAGCGACACUUUUUAUUCACGUGACAAUCACAAGCAGAACAGAGGAGGGUACCGAGACCUGUUCAUCAAGUGUUCUUCAGCGCUGGAGAGCCAGAAAACGGCAGCAUACGCAACUCAAGAAAAUCGGUACAUCAACGUUUGAUGACAUAUUCAAGUCCGCCAGCUCAGUUGUCCACCAAGCUGUCGAACUACGCAGUAAACUGUUGACUGCAUUUGAUCAUUUUCGUCGAUCCUGCGGUGAGACAUCAUCAACAAUGUCCAUGGCUCAGUGUAUACGAACUUUGGCCUCAAGGAUGAAUGCAGCAUGCGGAAGUCCGGAUGCAUGGCCUGUGCGCAUGCGCAUACGCCAGGAAGAUGAACUACCCCAUUUGGAGUUGCUGGGAGCAAGUCCUUUUUUCGGAUCUACGUUGUCAGUGUUCCCAGGUCUCCCAAGCGUAGGAGAGACGACGUCAGUAAGAAAUUCCUCUUCCCGAAUGUCACCGGCUGCCAAUUUACAACGAUCCCCUUCCAUCACAUUAUCGUCUCGCAACUUUUUUUCGCGUAGGCCUAGGCGGGACAACAAGUCUGCAGAUGAUGACACCUCAUCUACGCUUUCGAUCGAUGUUAGUUCCAGCUCAUUUUCCAGCAAUAAGAGUCAACAGAAGGAGCAUUCUCCCACUAGCAUAUCACUUCCACGUCGACCCAGUAUACAUUCCAGUACGAGUAGCAUCUCGUCACUUUCAACGGGGGGAGUCGAGAAAAUGCGGCGCACUGUUGCUGAGUUUGAAUCAGUUAUCGAAUCCGCAAAAUCGGUUAUCAAACAAGGACCUUACCUUCGAGUUAAGCUACAACAAGCCCAAAAAUCUGCACUUGAGGCAUACACAUCAUUCUUGGAAAGCAUGAAACAUCCCUUGAGUGAUUCUAACCAUUCAACCCGAGGGGAAGAUCAACUGGGAGGACCCGGAGAUUCUUCUAGUCUAAAAAGAUUUCAGCUACUGGGAACUAUGUCGCGACGUCAUGAUUCGAACCGAACUAACACUACAUCAAACCCCCAGCGAGGCGAAACCAAAUAUGACGCGGGAAGUGUGAAUUCUUCAUAUUGCCGUAAAAUGUCUCGUACGGCUGAGAGCGUCACCUGGAAUCUACGUAUUUUGACCGGGCAAGCGGAGCUUUUAUCAAUUACUCUGAAUGAGUUAAAUACGUGGCUAAGACAGGCUCGUGAAGCUGGCGCUGCCAGCGGUCUUUUGAUCGGAUCAGUUGCAUCUGAUACAGUAGAACAGAUAUCUGACAAAUUAGGAUCCGGAUCCUCCCUGAGUGACCCUGCUCAAGACCUUGACUCCAACCAAACGACAGUGACAACAAAAGAUAUAACCACAACAUCAGCAGUCGUCUCUGAUCGAACACGACCAAACCACAAACCAAUGACAUCCGGGUUUUCAAACACUGUAAACCCUUCUAGUGCAACCUUACCUAGGCGUUUACUUUCUCCAACUAAUUACACAUUGUCCACGUCUUCGCUUUCGGGACCCAGGGGUCUGACCUCAUGCUUAAAACCCUCCAAUUUGAUGAAUACUUCUACCACUCAAUACUCUGCACCCAUGCGUAGCGUGAUAACCGAGCAAACUGGGAGACACUCUUAUGGCGAUGACAUAAGCACUCCAAGUCGCUCACGACAUACAGUUAUGCGAUCUAAUCAGCAGAAGUUUU